AUGAUGUCUUGGCGGAUCCCCCCCCCCCCCCUGCCCGGGGGUUUCCGGUCUCUGUCGGAGAAGGGGGAUACUUCCGGCGCGGGGGGGGGGGUCGGCGGUCGCGGCCCCGCUUCGACUUUUGCCGUGGAACGACCAUGCGAUCUUCAGCAGCGAGGCUUAAUCGGAUUAUUGUCGUCCCCUUUCUUCCGGCAGCAAUAUUACAGGAUCCGCAGCCAGGCCAUCCAGCUGCUGAAGGGCACUCCUGAAGACCCCUACCCACACAAGUUCCACGUGGAUCUGUCACUUACAGAUUUCAUAGAGAAGUACAGCCACCUGAAGGCAGGGGAUCACCUGACUGAUGUAACGCUAAGAGUGGCAGGUCGGAUCCAUGCUAAACGUGCCUCUGGAGGGAAGCUGAUCUUCUACGAUCUUCGUGGAGAGGGAGUUAAGUUACAAGUUAUGGCCAACUCCAGAAACUACAAAUCAGAAGAGGAGUAUCUGGGCAUUAACAGCAAACUCCGGCGUGGAGACAUUAUUGGGGUUCAGGGGAGCCCCGGCAAGACGAAGAAAGGGGAGUUGAGCAUAAUCCCUUCCGAGAUCACCCUGCUCUCCCCCUGCCUGCACAUGCUGCCUCACCUUCAUUUUGGGCUCAAGGACAAGGAAACCAGAUUUCGGCAGAGAUACCUGGAUUUAAUUCUUAAUGAUUUUGUGAGGCAAAAGUUUAUUAUUCGGGCAAAGAUUAUAACGUACAUUCGGAAUUUCCUAGACGAGCUGGGGUUUUUGGAGGUGGAGACUCCCAUGAUGAACAUCGUUCCUGGUGGGGCUGUGGCGAAGCCUUUCAUCACCUACCACAAUGAACUGGACAUGAACCUGUACAUGAGGAUAGCACCAGAGCUCUAUCACAAGAUGCUGGUGGUUGGAGGAAUGGACAGGGUCUAUGAAAUCGGGCGCCAGUUCCGGAAUGAGGGAAUCGAUCUGACACACAACCCAGAGUUCACCACCUGUGAAUUCUACAUGGCGUAUGCCGAUUACCAUGACUUGAUGGAGAUCACCGAGCAGCUGCUUUCAGGGAUGGUGAAGCACGUCACAGGGGGUUACAAGGUCACAUACCACCCUGAAGGCCCUGAAGGCCAGGCCUGUGAAAUAGAUUUCACUCCGCCCUUCCGGAGGAUCAGCAUGGUGGGCGAGCUGGAGAGAGUCUUGGGGGUGACACUUCCUGGGGCAGACCAGUUCGAGACAGAAGAGACUCGCAAAUUCUUUGAUGCUCUCUGUGAAGAGAGAGGGGUCGAGUGUCCAUCGCCUCGGACUACGGCCCGGCUCCUCGAUAAGCUGGUUGGGGAGUAUUUAGAAGUGACGUGCAUCAACCCCACCUUUAUCUGUGAUCACCCUCAGAUCAUGAGCCCCUUGGCCAAAUGGCAUCGUUUGCAGCAGGGCCUGACCGAGCGCUUUGAGCUCUUUGUGAUGAAGAAGGAAGUGUGCAAUGCGUACACGGAGCUGAAUGACCCUUUUCGGCAGCGCCAGCUCUUUGAAGAUCAAGCUAAGGCCAAAGCUGCUGGAGAUGACGAGGCCAUGUUCAUUGACGAGAACUUCUGCAUGGCUCUCGAAUACGGGCUUCCCCCAACAGCUGGUUGGGGCAUGGGCAUCGACCGCCUCACGAUGUUCCUUACGGACUCCAACAACAUCAAGGAGGUGCUCCUGUUUCCUGCCAUGAAACCUGAUGACAAGAAGAAGGAGACGCUGCCGGAACCACCUGCAGAGGGCACUUCAGUGUGACCCACCAGGAUGCACAGGAGGGAAAAGAGAGGCUUUUAGGGCGCUUGAACACUGUUGUAUUUUCCCAGUCAGGAAUAAAGGAGAGCU